GUUGGCACAGAAAGAAAAGGCGAAUGUUCAGAGCCUGGUGAGUCUGUGUUACAAAGAAAUCCGUCGAAGGCUGUUGCUCGCACUUUCAAACGUAAAGACUGCUGAACAAAAUAGACCUUCAUCAUUCUCAUCCGCAGCAACAACCGAGUUCCAGAAUGAUUCGCAAUGUGAAUAUCUCGAGGGAACCGCUGACAUGCUAUUCGGAAGUCAGGAAGCCGAAAAAAACGCGUACGAGGCUGUUGUAGGAAGCUUUCGACAUUGGUCGCGGGGCCGGGUCUAUGAGGCCGAGGAUGAUUCCGGGAUGGAAGAGGAUCCAGUGCGUUUGAAGCGCAGCCUGCCUCUGCUGCAUGUAGAACGGCCGUUUGAUGUCGUUGUGGGACAGCUGAAAGGGACUACGCUCUUUCGUGGAGUUUUUGCCAACAAAAACGAGAUGUUUGUUCGCGGUAUAUUGCAGUGGCUUGGCUAUCUGGGUGCUGGAAUAGACUCCAACACGAGCACCACGGCACUCGUUGGUGUACAUGCAACUUAUGUCAAGAAGCAUGAUCAUUUCGAAAAAUGCAUUUGCAUUCAAAUUGACAUUGAAGAACGGUACUUAGUCGUACAAGGUAAAGGCGCCUUUUUAACUUUAAGUCGUAUCUAUGGUAUAAGGUAAAACAAAAGCUGAUGAUCAUGAUGACUGACUGAAAAUUACAUAGGUACUUUUCUUCUUGCGAUUCCUUUUUAUUUUUAUAUCGAUCUGGUUCUAGCUCUUCGACUUCUAAGACCUUGCAAAUGCGACAAACACAAGCACUGGUGAGCGUGAGGAUAAAGGCGCAUCACAUAAUACUACUACUGAGGUUGAGCUUUCUGCGUCUGUUGUUGCUCACCAGAAUCCGAAUGGAGAUCUCGAAGAAGCGAUCGAUUUGUUCCUUUGGCGGAACAGGAACAAGGCCAAGGAUUGGAAACCUGCAAUGCGAAUGUGGGUGCAGACGAUUCAAAAUUACCAGGAGAAUGCCAGAGAUUCUCAGGCUGAAAACGGCAUCGACAUUACAGGAGAUGCUGUUCUUGGUACUAGGCAGGAUGGGCAAGAACUUUCCUUCCGUGUAGCUGCUUCCUCUUGCUCAUCAAUAAACAAGCACAUUAGUGUCCUGUCACCUCUAGUGGAUGGAUUUUAUGCCGGGUGGUCUUCGUUGGGAGUUGCCGAGAAAGUUAGUGUGUUGUCACGAGUUGUCCAGAACACAGAGCAGAAGCGGUUCGAGAUUCCUGCGCCACGCUGUAGCAUUGUCGAGUUUGUGAAGCACGGCAUUGUUCGUCAACGUCAAGACCGAGGCCUCAAGUGGAUCGAGACUAACGGUCUGGUCACAGAUACCAUGGACCUUGGGUUCUUCACCAAUGCGGAAAUGUUAUGAGGCGUUCUUUUCUAAAUAUACGUGAGUCCACGCUGUUGCCGCUGCUGGCGCAAGGCCGGCGGUCGUAAGCGCCGGCGUCGUGGUGGCAGCUCUGGCUCAUUUCAAUAUCAACAGCAAGGAGAUAUUGAGAUAGUAGAUGGUUAACCCUAAGCUUAACGCCGUGGGGGUUCUGGCUCAUUUCAUCAAGGCGGACACUCUUGGAUACGUCAAGUUCAGUAAUAAACCUCAGUUUGACUUUCUUGAGCAUCAACUUUCUAAUGUCUUGGGACUACGAUCGCCAGAUCCGCGCAUGGUUGAAGGAAAAAGUGCGAGCGCCAGGUGGGAUUCAUCGAAGCACUCCAAUACUGGAUUCUCUCCAGGCCAGUGGCUUCGGUUGGCAUAAUUUCCACACGACUAUGACUCUUGCACACGCUGUUUGGAAUCAAGACAAUCCCGAAAUCCGGUCGGCUUGUGCAAACAAUGCGAGGGGCGGUGACAAUUAUAUGGUCAACAACAGCGCAGCGAAGAAAAUUUUGAAGGCGUCGGUCAGUGCAAAUACAAAGGCAUCACCGCUGGUGGCGUCAUUAGCUACCAGGACACCCGAACCGCAAGCGUCCUCUUCAGCAAAAGGAACUAGAGCAGAUAAAACGCUAGUACGACAAGGUGGAAGCACUAACUCCUCGAAUCGUAUAUUCGAAAGUUACCGCAGCCUGGGCGGCACUGCACCAUCAUCGCCUAUACCACAAAGUAGUAGUGAUGAGAGGAUCUUGCGGUAUUUGCAAGAAUCGAGUUCUAACUACUUGAGUCAGAAAGGAGUGGACGCUCAAAAGACGAAGACUGUGAAGUCAGAAGAAGCGACAACGGCUAAUGCUGAUACAUAUCUGCUGCGGACUUCAUCAAAAAAAUCAAUGCUGCCUCAGCCCACGUCGCAUCUUACAAGUGAAACCUCCACACAGAAAACGAGCUCUCCAUCUACAUCUUCUCUUCGUCCUUAUCCUUCAAUAUCUUCUACUUCCACUACGUCGAAGUCCACCUCGAGUAUGAAAUCAAAUAAUUCAUCGACGUCGGCGAGGUCUUUUACUGCCAAUCCAUAUCUUGGCGGAUCUCUGCCUCCAGCUAAUGAAGGUGGAUCUCAAUUGUCGGCCAAGGCCGCUGCAGUCCUGCAUUCGUCGUCCGUACGUCAGCGCGAGCGCUGGGGAGACACUCGCUCCUCUGGUAGCGUGCUAUCUCGACGCUCUGGCCUCGACGUGUACGGAAAGGUGCCGACGUCGAGCAACCGCCUCUCGGUAGCGACAGGUCCUCGAGGCAGACAUCCGGGUAAAUUAAGGCUAGUUUUUCACUAUUCCGUUCAUUCUCGUGUGAACUAUGCUGAGUGGACGAGUCCCCCACGAUUUAAAGGGGAAUCUAAGAGGGAAAAGGGGAACACACUCAACCAGGGAUAGGGAAAGACUGGCGCUAAGCAAAGGGCCAGUAGGCGCACCCUCAUCCGGUGGACGUCGCCGCGGCGUGAAGAGAAAGCAGCCCUCCAAGGGCGCAACCGGAAAAAGUGAUAGCAGCUGGGAUAAGUACGAUUAUGAGGAAAUUGAGAGGCAAAGGCCUAAGUCGCGAUUGGACGAGAUGUAUGGGUACUAGCACCAUGCAGCACGAACGUGCUUCCGGAUUCGCGAUUUACUUAGAUUGUUUCCUUAAUCGUCGAACUAGAAGAGCUAGCAAGUAAAUGCGACUUCCUAAAAAUAUCAGCCCCUCAUUUCAUCGUGGUUUCAUCGUGACCAUGGUCAUGGAGCCGUUUAGUAACUAAUCAGGAAAAAUGUAAACAAAGCAGCACUUUUCUUGCCCUUUCACUGGUUGAAAAAUGAACACAUUUCUAUUUCUGAUGUUGAUUCAUUUUCAUACUACUUAGUCACCUUUGAGUGUGCCUGUGCGUUUGUUGAAGCGCCGGAAGGCAAAUGUGGUUUGUACUUGUAGAAUACGAUAAUGCAGCGCGUAAACGCUAUUUGUGACACGCAAUUUUUCUAAUCACAACCACCAGUAACAAUUACUUGCAAGAAAAGCAAGCGAACUGUUUUUAAAGUACGAUAGUCAACACGAUGAGCUAUUGGCACCGCUUGGCGUGGCGAGUUCGUGGCGCUUCUUCGUAAAUAGCACUCGUACAAUCUUUUAGAAAGUGACAGAUUUCUG